AUGUUGACCAAAGAAAAUUCAAAAUCUUUUAAAAAGAAAAUUCAAAAAGCAGAAGCAACGAAACCAAAUUCUGCAAGCUUCAUCGAAUGCCUUCGCUAUCGGACUAGUCCAAUCACCGAUGUCAUCUUCACCGCCGAUAGCACCACCACCUUCUUGUCUUCUUACUUGUCCUACACGAAAAACAAGAGGUACCAGAGCCCUGACUACAAUAAAUUACUAGCCAUCGUGGCGGCGAAACAUGUAUCUCAUGUUCAGGCCACGGUGGUCUGCGCAAAGUCCAACGGUAUACAACUCCGUACCCGAAGCGGCGGUCAUGACUUUGAAGGCCUUUCUUACAGGUCCUCUAUCCCAUUUGUCAUUCUCGAUAUGCACAAUCUUAGGUCUAUCGCCGUCGACGUGUCCAGCAAGAAAGCUUGGGUUCAAGCUGGUGCAACCUUGGGAGAGCUAUACACAAAGAUCAAUGAGGCGAGCCAAACACUAGCGUUCCCGGCUGGAGUUUGCCCUACCGUAGGAGCAGGAGGACACAUAAGCGGUGGAGGGUACGGGAAUCUGAUGAGAAAAUACGGAAUCACGGUGGAUCAUGUCGUUGAUGCUCAAUUAGUUGAUGUCAACGGCAAGCUCUUGAGACGAGCCACCAUGGGAGAAGAUCUCUUUUGGGCGAUCCGCGGCGGUGGCGGUGCGAGUUUCGGAGUUAUACUCUCUUGGAAAAUCAAUCUUGUCGAGGUUCCAAAGAUCUUGACAGUGUUUAGGGUUAACAAAACUUUGGAACAAGGAGGCACUGAUGUUCUCUACAAGUGGCAGCUUGUGUCUACGAAGUUCCCUGAUGAUCUUUUCAUGAGAGCAUGGCCUCAGGUCGUCAACGUACGGAACAAAAGACGGCGAGAGAACCAUCGCGGUUGUAUUCUAUGCUCAGUUCUUGGGUCGAGCCGAUAA